AUGCUCGACUUCAGCAACGGCGGCGCCCACUGCGGCGGGCCCAUCGUACCCUCGCCCUCCGUACUCUCCUUCCUCAACCUCAAUAUGGAGCGGCCCGUGGGCGCGGGCGGCCCCGGGCCCGGGGGCGGCGGGGGCGGCGGCGCGCAGGCCGGCUUCGUGCUGGGCAACCAGCCGCUGGCCGCGCUGCACUCCAUGGCCGAGAUGAAGUCCGCCGCGCUCUUCCACCAUCACCAACAGCAGCACCAGCAACAGCAGCAGCAACAGCAGCCGGCGCCCACGUACGCCGCCCCCAGCCCGAGCCCCGGCAGCGGCAAGGGCAGCCCCAACGGCUCGACGACGAGUGGCAGCGGUGGCGGCAGCAGCGGGGGCGGCGCGGGAGGCAACCCACACGGCAUCGACCACAUCCUGAGCCGGCCGGCGCCGGUGACCGCCGGGGGCGUGGGCGGCGGGCCGGCGCCGCGGUCCGCGGCGGCCUUCGCGGCGGCGGCGGGCAUGGCGGCGGCGGCGGGCAUGGCGGCGGCGUCCUACUUCCACCAUCAGCAGCAGCAGCAGCACCACCACCAGCAGCAGCACCAGCCGCACGUGGCCGCGGCCGCCGCCGCCGCCGCCAAGCACCACCACCCGCUGGCCGAGCUCACGUCGCGCUCCGCCAUCUACUGGCCCGGCCUGCAGGGCCUCGUCAGCAACCCCAUCGCCUGGCGCGAGCGCCUCGCCGCCAUGGGCCCGGCGAGCAUGUCGCUGGUGGACAAGGACGGCAAGAAGAAGCACACGAGGCCCACCUUCAGCGGGCAGCAGAUCUUCGCGCUGGAGAAGACCUUCGAGCAGACCAAGUACCUGGCGGGGCCCGAGCGCGCCAAGCUCGCCUACGCCCUCGGCAUGACCGAGUCUCAGGUCAAGGUGUGGUUCCAGAACCGGCGCACCAAGUGGCGCAAGAAGCACGCGGCCGAGAUGGCGACGGCGAAGCGCAAGCAGGAGGAGGCGGAGGGGCUGGCCGAUGCGGACGCCGACGCCGACGCGUCCGACCGCGACGACGACCUGGGCCGCGCCGCCAGCGCCGCCAAGCGGCUGCGCCGCGAACUCGCCGGCGAGGCCGCCGAGCUGGCGGGCCGCCCCUGA